CCAUGCAAUUUUUGUCAAACAUUUUCUCUAAAAUAUAAAAGUUUUAGGAUGUAAUAAAUUCACAGUUAAAUAGUCAAAAUUAAAAGUAAAACAGUUGCCACAAAGCCCCGCGUACAAUGGACAAUGUUUCGGAAAGGGUCCCGUCUCCCACACGAGCUUCUCCAAAAGAACUUAGUUUUCGAGAACCGAGCAUUCAGCUAGAACCGAGCCCUCAAAGAGAACCCAGCAUACAACGAGGCCCGAGCCCUCAACGAGAGCCGAGCAUUCGCCGAGAGUCAAGCAUACAGCGAGGACCGAGCCCUACGAAACAACCGAGCAUUCAAAGACCACCAAGUCCUCCGAGGCAGCCCAGCAUUCAACGACAACCUAGUAUUCAGCGAGAGCCCGUCGUGCCAUCGGAACCUAAACGAAACUCUUUAGUUGGAAGUCGACAACCAUCUAUUUCAUCGCCGAAAAAAGGCUCACAGAUAUCGCCUCGUGUCUCCCUUCGAGGUUCACCUGUAAGGGGCAGUAGGACGCAAUCACCCACGAAACAAAUGUCUCAUGAUAUCAUAAAAAACAAACUUUCAAACGCAAGUCAAAAAAUGCCAGGCAAAGAUGAAACAAAAGAUACGAUUGCCAACCUUGGACCACAAGGGCAACGUAUUAGUAAACAUAUCGAGGAGUUAAAUGACUCGGUGAAAAAACUGGCUUUGCAAACAACUGGUUCACAUUCUUCCGCUUUAGACACGAAUAUAGAUAAAAUUGCAGAGAUGAGUAAAAUACUUACAGACGAGGCCAAUACUCUGAGGCAAUCUAUCAAGCAUUUGUCCGAGGACAUCUGCCGUACGGAUGUCGGGUUUGGACAGUACGUGGAAGACGUGACCGAUUUCCCUUAUCAUCUCUUUCUAUUGGAAAUCAUAAUUAACAAAAUUCAAAUGAAAUGUGAUUGUUUCGAUAUGGACUGCAAUAAUCUCGUCAUAUCUGCACAUUUUCUGGGCAAACAUCCUAUAAUAUUAUACGACUCGAAUACAAACGGCUGUGUUGAAGACUUUUUCAAAAUAAACAUUGGGAAAUCUGUCAUGUUUGCCAUGACGUACGACAAAAUUUGUGCCAUCAAGGACUUCGAAAUCGUUUUAGAUUUGAACAAGCAACCUCCGUGCUCACACUGUGUAACUAAAAUAGGAACAUCUAAGAUGGAUUACACCAAAGAAUUCUUGAGUUUGAGGGAAGAACUAUGUCAGAAGUGGACAGAUGAACAGCCAAAAGACACUAUUAUUUGCACGACCUCCACUCCGAUGCUUAAAAACCAGUUUUAUAUAGUGUGCAGCGAUAGCGAAGAUAACGAUGCUAUUGGUAUAAUAGAGGUGUCCGUGCGAAUGUCCUUCCUGGGCAAAGAGAUCACGACGGCGUUUUCUGCUUCGCCGACGCCCAAAGGAACCUCACGCUUGCUGAAGGAGGGCAACGGCAUGACGAUGUAUUCUUGCCAAAAAGUAGAAAUGGAUGAGCAAGGGAAAGUAUUAUUAGAUGAAGAUGUUCUCGGUAAAAACAGCUGCAGACCUCUGACUAGAAGUGCUAGUCCAAUGUCAGAGAUUUCUUCAUUAUCAUCUCGGAAAUACAUGGGUGGUUAUAUGGAUCAUAAUAAUAUAGGUGGUAUGCCGAGAUACGAUGAAAUAUUUACAAAAAUGAACGACAACGAGUUGAAAAUACGAGUACCAAAAAGUACGAAAGUGGAACGAGUUGGAAGAUACGAGAAAAUUCAGGAGCUUUGUGAGUGCGAAGAGAACGCUUACAACACGGGAGACCAGAUACAGUUCCAGCUGCCUUCCGACGUCCGCAAGACCGACAACACCUACACAUCCAACCUUAAAUACUCCAUCGACACCCCGGUCAAAACGUACGAUAAUAAAAAGAACAGAAAAGUUAUAAAUGUUACGCCGACCAACUGCUCUGUACCGGUGGACAUGGAGAAAAGAUUGCACUCGCAAAAAGACGUUUUUAUCCUCAAAAUUGGGAAAAAACUAGAAACCAAAGACAAAAAGACCGACCUAGAAAUUGAACUAGUGACUCCAAAAGCUCCCGGGUCCGAGCCCGUCGAAAAUAACAAUGUCUCUCAACAAGUGAGCAAAAGUAAACUGAAGGACAAAAAGAAAAAUAAAAGCAAAAAAGGCGAUAAGGGCAAGAAAGCCGGUGGGAAAGCAGCCAAGUCUAAGAAGGCAAAAAAAGCUAAAUAAAAUGGUUUAAUCAAUUCAAUAUACAUACAAAUCUACAUACCACGCUUAAA